AUGAGACGCACUACGCCCCAGUCUCGGGAGCGUCCCUCAAGUCGCCAGGCAACAGCUGCGACGGCUUCUUCACGAAUGCGCGCGAGCACAUCGUCGCUACCUAGUGCACCCCAAUUUCUAAGACCUGGGUCCUUUCGCGUCAGCAAGCAGUCAUCCCACAACCCGCUGACCGGUGCCGAACCGAACCAACGGGCAUCGUCCCAGCGCAGCCCCAGCCAAGCCGACUCGACACGGCCGAGCUCUCGCGAUAGCAUCAAAGAGAACCUCGCGCCGCCCGAUGCCGACGAAUAUGAAAAAUACAGGAGAGAGAUUGAGUCCCUCAAGGCUGAGAUUGGCACGCUGCAGUACCGCAUGCAAACAGCCGACUCGGAAAAGGAAAUAGCUCUAUCGCAACAAAACAACAAGGUUGAGCAGGCAAAAAGGCGAGAGCAGGAUGAGUCCCAAAAGCGACAGGUCGCAGAAGCUGCGCAAAGCCGACUAGAGGCAUUGCUCGAGGAAAUGCGCUCCGAGCUCGAUGCCCUGAAAGAUGGUGGCGAACAGUCUACCAAGGAUAUGGAGCGCAAGUAUCGUGCUGCACAGGAUGAGGCCAAUCUCGCCCAAGAGCAGCUGCAGGAUCUCAUCAUUGCCAAAGACGACGCGGAACGAAUCAGCAAGAAGAAGCUUGCUGACCUGGAAACGCAGGUAGCUGCACUACAGCGAGCGACCGAGGACUACAGCCACGAAAGCGACGCACGCGAGGAAGUUCUUCAAAGGACCCAAGCCCAGGUCGCGGAGCGUGAUGCGCAGGUCGCGGCUCUCGAAGCCGACGUGCUGCGUCUAAAGGCGCAAGCCGGGGACGCAGACACAAUGCAGGCCAUUAAACGCGAGCUGUCGGAGCAGGUACAUCAUAUUCGUACCCUUGAAAGCACGAAUCGUGACCAGCUCUCCGAGCUGAAGCACCUUCGCUCUAUCAACAAGGCUGUUGAGGUUGUCGAAGAAGAAAAGAGGUCACUGCAGCGAAAAGUGGAAGCUGCUGAGAUGCUCGAGGACGAACUAGCUGAAGCCAGGCUACAGAGACAGCGUCUAGAAGAUGAGAGACGCUCAUGGACCUCGUAUCUCGACAAUUCGACAGGCACUGGCGUGGGCGAGUUCGAUUCCCCCGAAGCGAUGGCACGUGCAUUGGCAGAAGAGCGCUAUACCACGGCAAGCUAUGCCGACCAAGUCGGGACUUUGCGCGGCGAAAUAACUGCACUACAAAACACGAUUCAAUCAUUCGAGCAGGAAAGGAAACAACUGCUAGAGGAUUUGGAAAGUGCCAGGGUGUCGGCCAACGCCACAUCUACAGACAAGUCUCGCAUGCGUCUUGAGCGUCAAAAGGCUCUCGCACUCAAGGAGGUUGAAUACCUUCGUGCUCAGCUCAAAGCCUUCGAUACAGAGGAUCAGACCAUGCAACCGGAGCAAUUUGACGAGGUCCGCGCUAAUCGCGUACAAGAACUCGAAGCUUUGGUUGAUAACUACAAGACUGAGCUGCAAACCGUUCAUGCUCAACUCUCCUCCACAGAACCCGCUCCCGUUGCACCGAGCACACCACAGCCGCACGCGGGAUCUAAGCGCCCCCAUGCCAGCGAUGACAGUAGCGAGCAGCUCGGACAGCUGACGCGCAAAAAUCGUAGCUUGCAAGAAGAGCUCACUAGCCUGCAGGCCAAGCUGGCCAUGCAAGCCAAGGAGCUCCACGUCAGUCGUGAGCAGCUCACGGCGGCCAAGUCACAAAGUCAGACACGCGUGCUCUCGCUUCGCUCCAACCCGACAUCGGACCACGAGGCCAUCAAGCGCGCGACGCUCGACGCGCUGCGCAAGGAAAACAAGGACCUCCUCGCCACGCUCAAGUCCAAGCACGGCAAGGCCACGACGGUGGCGUACAUUCCCACAUCGGUGCUCGGUGCCAUGGAGCGCGAAAUUGCUGCCGCCAAGGCCGAGACGGCAUCGGCGCAAAAGUCGGCGCGCCGCCUCAAGGAGGUCUGGGGCAGCAAGUCGCACGAGUUUAAAGAGGCCAUCUUUUCAACGCUCGGCUGGACGGUGACAUUUAUUCCCAACGGCAAGAUGCGCGUCGAGAGCACUUUUUACCCGUCGCAGACGGACGAGCACGAAAACUCGAUUGUAUUUGAUGGAGAGCGCGGCACCAUGAAGGUUGGCGGCGGACCCAAGAGCAAGUUUGCGCAUCGCAUCGCCGACCAGAUUAGCUUUUGGGUCCGCGAAAAGGGGUGCAUCCCGGGGUUCUUGGCUGCGCUGACGCUCGAGUUUUACGAAGAGUAUAAUAAUGCAAAGGAACAGCAGCAGCAGUAG